GACACUCGGCCCGGAGCACACCAGCCUGAAGCAGGAUGGUAUCGAGCUGAAGACCGCCAGGCAUCUGCUGGAUGUGAGCUUGACGCGCAUGCGCCUGGACUUUCACAUCGCGAGGGUGCAGCUGAGCGGGGAGAGGGACCGGUGUGAGCACAUGGCCACGCAACUCUUGGAGGCCGAUGGACACUCCAGGGCGCUGGAACAGACGCACGCCGGCCUGACGCAGGAGGAGAUCGAGCUGAGGACCGGAUAUAGUCUGAACGGGAAGAGCUUGAUGCAAGCGCACCUCGUCCUCGACAUCGCGAAGCUGGAGCUAAACGGGGAAAAGGAGAAGUGCGAGCAGCAGCUCAGGAAACUGGAGUUCGCGAAGCUGGAGCUGAACGAGACGAGGAAUGAGUACGAGCUGAAGUGCAACGAGCUCUUGGAGGCGAAGGAACACCUCGCCGCGCUGGGCUUGGAGAGUGCACAAAUCGUCUACGACUUCAAUGGGCUGCGCGGUGCGCGCUCGGAGUACUCAAUGAAACUUGAGGCAGAGCUGGCGCUAAGCAAGAAGGAGAAGGAGGACGACAGGGUGCACGACCUGUGCCAGGAGUGCCUCGGCACCCGCCCGUCACGCAG